AUGGUCGCCUCUUCCACCAUGCGGCCUGGCAGACCGCCGAGCAUCCAGGAGCUUGUUGCCCAGGCCGAGAACUUUGCCUUCAACAUCAAUAUACCGCUGCGGCACUGGAUAAGAACAGCAGAGACACUAUGCCAAGAGGCCGCGUUUGCCAUGUCCGACAGCGAUUACGGCCGAGCCUACAUGAUGCUAUACCGGCACUCUGUUCUUGUGCUGAACUACCUAGUCAUGCAUCCCGAGUACAAAGAUCCUCUUGGUCGCAAGUCGGUCAAGGCCCUGCAAGCUCGCAUUGGCGAUGUCAUUCAAGAGCUGGAAAUGCUCAAACCUGCUAUUGAGGCCAGCCGCCAGGAAUGGGAGCGAAUGCGGCCCGAGAAACGACAACGACCCAUUUCGACUGACGGUGCAGCGCCAUCUUAUUCCGCAUUCGCGGCGCAGGAUCCUACUCUCCAGCGCCAGACGACCAUUCUCGACGCCGCGGAUCACCAGGACUUGGCCGUAGACCUGGCCCAGGAAGAGCUUGACCGCCGGACGCGCGUGCGCCGGACCAAGCAGGAUAGCUACAACUCAAGAACCAAAUCGCUCAGACCCUACUUUGAUAGUUGGCGAAACGAUUACCUGAGCAAAACGGAAGAUGUUGAUUUGCAACAACAAAUGGCCGCAGUUCGCAACAACCUUGAUCGCAACACGGAGGCAGUCAAUGAGGCGGAUCCAUAUGGCCAUGGUCUAUCAAGUACAGGGAAGUACCAUUAUCCGUCGGUUUCUAGACCAAAGCCGAUAGAUAUUCCGCGCGAGCAGCAGCCUGCGGUGCCUCCCAAAUUCCCCGCUCUGGUCCCGGAACGGCCGCCCAAAGAAGUGCCGCAGAGAUGGCACGCAAAUGAAGAGCCUCCUGUACCUCCACCCAACUACAAUCAAUCACUCGGACCAACUCUACCUCCAAAAGCACCUCUGUCAGCGCCCGCAGUGCCCAAGAAAGAGCGGCUUACUUUCAAGCCGGGCGCUUAUCUGGAAAAUGGAGAUCCUAUCAGAUCAAUGUUUAUACCCAGCAAACUUCGAAGGACAUUCUUGGACAUUGCGGCAAAGAAUACGAAAGCAGGUCUUGAAAUGUGUGGGAUCCUCUGCGGGAGCCCAGUCAACAAUGCACUAUUUGUGCGUUGCCUUGUUAUCCCUGACCAAAAGUGCACCUCGGAUACUGUGGAGACGGUGAACGAGGGCACUCUGGCCGAGUAUUGCAUGAAUGAAGAUUUGCUCGUGCUCGGGUGGAUUCACACGCACCCGACACAGACUUGCUUCAUGAGUUCGCGAGACCUGCAUACCCAUGCUGGCUAUCAAAUUAUGAUGCCAGAAAGCGUGGCCAUUGUUUGCGCGCCCAAGUUCAACCCAUCCUAUGGCAUCUUUCGAUUGACGCACCCGCCUGGCCUGAACCAUAUUCUCGAUUGCAAACAGACGAGUACAUUUCACCCACACUCCAUUGAUAACCUGUACUGCGAGACGGAGCACCCAACAGGACACGUUUAUGAGAGUGAUAAGCUGCCAUUCGAAGUACAGGAUUUGAGAACUCAAUAA